GCUUUGCCUUUAAAGUCAGGUUACAAAACCAAAGCUGAACUAAGAACACACUCCCAACAGCCAGGACUUAGAAUCCCAUUGCGUCGCGGCGAAUGGGGUUUGAUCAGUUCUGCAGUGUCAACAGUUCCGAUCCGUUCUGGGAUUGGAACCGUACGUGGUACACUGCUAACCCAGACCUGACGCAGUGUUUUCAGAACACCGUCCUCGUGUGGCUGCCAUGCCUCUACCUCUGGAUUUGUGCCCCCAUCUACCUCAUCUACCUCCGCAGCCAUGACCGUGGCUACAUAUGUAUGAGUCACCUCAACAAGGCCAAAACUGCGGUUGGCCUUCUACUCUGGAUUAUCUGCUGGUCAGAUGUUUUCUAUUCUUUCUGGGAAAGAAGUCAUGGCAGCAGAGUCCCCGCACCCGUCCACCUCGUCAGUCCCACUUUACUGGGCCUCACCAUGUUGCUGGCCACCCUGGUGAUCCAGUAUGAACGGAUGAAAGGGGUUCAGUCGUCUGGUGUCAUGCUGAUCUUCUGGCUGCUGGCACUGCUCUGUGCCACAGUCACCUUCAGGUCCAAGAUAUUCCAGGCCCUGGACCAGCUGUCAACAGUCUGCGUGUGGAGGUACACCACCUUCUAUAUCUACUAUGCUCUGCUGCUGGUGGCUCUGUUCCUGUCCUGCCUGACCGACCAGCCCCCCCUCUUCUCCCAGGCUGUCAAAGACUCGAAUCCCUGCCCGGAGCCUGGAGCUUCAUUCCUCUCCAGAAUAUCCUUCUGGUGGAUCACCAGGAUGAUGGUAACGGGCUACAAGCGUCCACUGGAGGAAAAGGACCUAUGGUCUUUGAACUCUGAAGACCGCUCCCAGAGAGUGGUUCCACAGCUGGUGCGCCGCUGGAACACUGAGUGCCAAAAAGUCAAAAGGACGGAGCAGAAAACAUUGUACUCCCCCAAGCGGGUCAAUCACAGUGAGGGCAAAGAGGGCAGAGCUGUGGAGGAGUCUGAAAUCUUGAUUGUCAAAACCCCCCAGAAAACCAAGGAGCCCUCCCUGCUCUGGGCGCUGUGCCUGACCUUCGGACCCUACUUCCUCAUCUCCUGCCUCUAUAAGAUCAUCCAGGAUGUCCUCAUGUUCGUCGGGCCUGAGAUUCUCCGGCUGCUGAUCCGCUUCGUCAACAAUGCCAGCGCUCCCUCCUGGCACGGAUACUUCUACACUGCUCUGCUCUUCAUAUGUACCAGCGUGCAGUCACUCAUCCUGCAGAGGUACUUUCAUGUCUGCUUUGUGUCAGGCAUGCGUCUGCGCACUGCCAUCAUCGGAGCUGUCUACAGAAAGGCCUUGGUUAUAAGCAACGCAGCCCGCCGCACCUCCACUGUGGGAGAGAUAGUCAACCUGAUGUCAGUAGAUGCUCAGCGCUUCAUGGACCUCAUCACUUACAUCAACAUGAUAUGGUCCGCCCCUCUGCAGGUGGGGCUCGCCCUCUACUUUCUCUGGCAGAACCUCGGUCCGUCUGUGCUGGCUGGAGUGGCUGUGAUGGUUCUGAUGGUUCCUGUUAAUGCUGUCAUCGCCAUGAAAACCAAAACCUAUCAGGUGGCUCAGAUGAAGAGUAAGGAUAAUCGCAUUAGGCUGAUGAAUGAGAUGCUGAAUGGCAUCAAGGUGCUGAAACUGUAUGCGUGGGAGCUGGCCUUCAAGGACAAGGUGUCAGAAAUCCGUGAGAGUGAGCUGCAGGUCCUGAAGAAGGCUGCCUACCUGGGUGCAAUGUCCACUUUCACCUGGGUCUGUGCACCUUUCCUGGUUGCCCUGUCCACUUUUGCCGUGUAUGUACUGAUUGAUGAAAAUAAUGUGCUCGAUGCCCAGAAGGCCUUUGUGUCGCUGGCACUCUUCAACAUUCUGCGUUUUCCUCUCAACAUGUUGCCAAUGGUCAUCAGUAGUAUGGUACAGGCCAGUGUGUCCCUGAAACGGCUGCGAGUGUUUCUGUCUCAUGAGGAACUGCAGGAGGACAGUGUGGAGCACAAAACAGCAGCAGGCUCCCCACACAGUAUCUCCAUAGUGGAUGGAGUUUUCAGCUGGUCCAGAGCUGAAUCACCAACACUGAAGAGGUUGAAUGUAUGUAUCCCAGAAGGCUCUCUGGUGGCCGUGGUGGGACACGUGGGCUCGGGAAAGUCCUCGCUGCUCUCUGCCCUGCUUGGAGAGAUGGAUAAACUAGAAGGAACUGUGGCUGUCAAGGGUUCUGUGGCCUACGUUCCCCAGCAGGCCUGGAUCCAGAACUCCACGCUGAGAGACAACAUAAUAUUUGGUCAGGAGAGGAGAGAGGCCUGGUAUCAGCGGGUGGUGGAGGCAUGUGCCCUUCAGCCUGACCUCGAGAUCCUCCCUGCUGGAGACGAGACAGAGAUUGGAGAGAAGGGGGUGAAUCUCUCCGGAGGUCAGAAGCAGAGGGUGAGCCUGGCCAGGGCUGUUUACUGUGACCGUGUUGUCUACCUGCUGGAUGACCCGCUGUCUGCUGUUGAUGCUCAAGUAGGAAAACAUAUCUUUGAUCAUGUCAUCGGCCCACAGGGACUGCUGAAGGACAAGACUCGUGUGCUGGUGACUCAUGGACUGAGCUACCUGCCGCAGACCGACCUGAUUCUGGUCAUGGUGGAGGGAGAGAUCUCAGAGAUGGGCUCCUACCAGCAGCUCAUGGCCAAAGAGGGAGCCUUUGCUGAGUUUCAGCGGACAUACACUGCAGUCGACCACACUGACAACAACGAAUCUAUGCCAAAGACUGGAACCAAAGGAACAGAGAACAGCAUUGCACCUGCUCCUGCUGGCAGUCCAGGUGACAGCAUUGUGUCCGAGAAGGGUGAGGAGGACAAGGUCCUCAGCAAGAAGACCAAGCCCCCCGAGGUGGGCAAGCUGACAGAGGCUGACAAGGCCAGCACAGGACGGGUCAAGUUGUCGGUGUUCUGGGCUUAUAUGAAAGCUAUCGGAGUGUUUCUGUCAUGCACCAGUCUGCUGCUCUUCAUCACCCAUCAUCUGCUCUCCUUGUUCUCCAACUACUGGCUGAGUCUGUGGACUGAUGACCCCGUGGUGAACGGCACGCAGCCCAACAGACAGAUGAGACUCGGGGUAUACGGUGCUUUAGGCCUGUUCCAGGGUAUGGCGGUCUUUGGUUACUCCCUGUCCACAUCCAUUGGAGGAAUCCUGGCAUCCCGCUUCCUCCACCAGUCCAUGCUGUAUGACGUCCUGCGCUCGCCCAUGUCCUUCUUUGAGCGAACCCCAAGCGGUAACCUGGUGAACCGCUUUUCCAAGGAGAUGGACACCAUAGACUCAGUGAUCCCCCUCAUUAUCAAGAUGUUCAUGGGCUCCAUGUUCAAUGUGAUUGGUGCCUGCAUUAUCAUCCUGGUCGCCACUCCGCUGGUAGCCAUUGUCAUCCCUGUUCUUGGUCUGCUCUACUUCUUUGUGCAGAGGUUUUAUGUGGCGUCAUCCCGCCAGCUGAAGCGUCUGGAGUCAGUCAGCCGCUCACCCAUCUACACACACUUCAGUGAAACCCUGCUGGGCACCUCAGUCAUCCGAGCCUUUGGUGAACAGGAGCGCUUCAUCCGAGAGAGUGAUCAGCGGGUGGACCACAACCAGAAGGCGUACUACCCCAGCAUUAUAGCAAACAGGUGGCUGGCUGUGCGUCUAGAGUUUGUGGGAAACUGCAUAGUGUCAUUUGCAGCUUUGUUUGCUGUCAUAGCCAGAGAGAGCCUCAGUCCAGGCAUCAUGGGGCUGUCUAUCUCCUAUGCACUCCAGCUGACUGCCUCUCUGACCUGGCUGGUGAGGAUGUCAUCGGACGUGGAGACAAACAUCGUGGCUGUAGAGAGAGUCAAAGAGUACAGUGACGCAGAGAAAGAGGCCGAGUGGAAACACGAACCCUCUAGCGUCCCCCAAGGGUGGCCAACUGACGGCUGCAUAGACUUCAGAGGCUUUGGCCUGCGCUACCGCCAGGAUCUGGAUCUUGCCAUUCGCAACAUCACCAUCAACAUAAACAAAGGAGAGAAGGUGGGGAUUGUUGGGCGCACUGGAGCAGGAAAAUCCUCCCUAACGCUUGGGCUGUUCCGCAUCAUUGAGGCAGCUGAGGGCCACAUCCUCAUCGAUGGGCUGGACAUUGCUAAGUUGGGCCUCCACGAGCUUCGUUCCAGAAUCACCAUCAUACCACAGACACACCACUCUGUCUCUCCUCAGGACCCCGUGCUGUUUUCAGGCUCUCUGAGGAUGAACUUAGAUCCUUUUGACAGCUACUCUGAUGAGGAGAUUUGGAGGGCUCUGGAGUAUUCUCAUCUCAAGAGCUUUGUGUCCGGCCUGCCGGACAAACUCAACCAUGAGUGCAGUGAGGGGGGAGAGAAUCUCAGCGUGGGUCAGCGACAGCUGCUUUGCUUGGCCAGAGCUCUGCUGAGGAAGACCAAGAUCCUGGUUCUAGAUGAGGCCACAGCAGCUGUGGACAUGGAGACUGACAACCUGAUCCAGUCAACCAUCCGCUCUCAGUUUGAGGACUGCACCGUCCUGACAAUCGCUCAUCGCCUUAACACCAUCAUGGACUACACCAGGGUCCUGGUGUUGGAGAAGGGAGAGAUGGCAGAGUUUGAUUUCCCCUCCAACCUCAUUGCUCAAAGAGGAGUUUUUUACAAGAUGGCCAAGGACGCCGGGCUGGUCUGAAGCAGGAGGUGUCUCAACGUGUCCAGCUGCUCCUCUGAGCUCCUCCCAGCUCCUCCCAGCUCCUCCCAGCUCCUCCGGCUCCCUGCUGGGGACAUCUUGGGAGAUGAAGUAGGGGAAUUGUUAAGACUUAAAGUUUUACUGUUUCAGCAAGGCUGUUAAUGAGAACAGGUCUGGUUUGACCUGCUCCAUCUGACACUUCAAUUGUCUUUUAACAACACAUUCUCUGCUGCCUGUCUCAGACAGCCCACAUCAUGUCCCUGUAGUUCUUGUUUCUUCCCGCCUCUUUCACUAUCUGUUUACUGCCAUUUCUGCCAUCGACCGGGAGGGACCAGCUCUAAGAGGGGACGUACUGUAUGUGCUUUUAUUUUGACAGAGCAUUGUACCUGUGCCUGAGCAAUGAAAGGGAGUCUUUUUCUCUACAGUCAGUCUCAGAAACAGUUCACUUGGGUUUGUGGUAACCAGUGCUGAGGUCAGUAGAGGACACAAAGGCUUGUCCCGUAAGUAAGAAUCAUGUGGUGCCAAAUACUGCCCUCAAACAUUCCAGUUGGUUUGAGAUGCAGAUUUGAAACCUCAGUGGUCAUUUGAGGAGGAGGUCAGGAUUUAGGACCCUGUUUACAUAGACAGCACUGUUUUCAUUUCAAUAAAACACAGUACAGCAAAGAUUAAAGGUCCAGUGUGUAGGAUUUAGGGGGAUAUAUAUAUAUAUUCAGAAAUGGAAUAUACCAGCUGGUCCUCGUCCACAAAGAUUGCCAUGUUGCAUUGCCAUGUUUCAACAGUAGCCCAGAAUGGACAAACUAAACACUAGUCGCCACCUUAGCGUUUUUACGCAGAACCAAAUGACGGCGGCGUCAUGUCUAUCCAAUGUGUGAUUAUACACUGCAUCGCGGCAUCCUGCAAUCAAAAGAGGAGUGACAAGCGUGACAUGUGACACAACAGUGUCGGCCUUUAGUGUGACCUAUAAUAAAUGCAUCGGCAGCUCUUUCUAAGAAAAUAACAAACAUGUCAAUCACAAUCAUUUAUCGUCUGUUAUCUGGCAGCUGAUCUCGUUCUCUUCUCGGAGGGUAAGAAGAACCUGAAUCUCUUUUCUCGGUUUGCAGGCAUUUACAGCCGAUGUUCAUCUUUGAAGUAGCCACUCAUUGCUAAAAGCUGCUUUUUAAAUCUCUGUUGUGGCCGCCAACAUAAUUCGUGAUCAAAACGUCACACGUCCCAACUAAUGGUCACAUCUCUCCGGCUUUAUGUUUUACGCUGACUUAUUUUUUACUACCUCCUGUCAGUCCCUUUGUUUUGGAGAGGAAGAGACCUCUGCGGAUAAUUCAGCUCCUGCUAAAACUUCCUGAACGUCUGGAUCUCAAGUUAGCAGAGAAACUAGAUGAGCACACAUUAGCACGUGCUACGCUAACAGCCCUUGUCUGAGAUGUCAAACAGCACUGGAACAACACUGAUCUGUAACAUGAAACUGCUGUAUUUGGUGUUUUUAAAGAUUUUAAUCCCUUGGCCUUUUUGUUUUGGAGAGGAAGAGACCUCUGUGGAUAAUUCAGCACUCACUAAAAAAACUAUGUGACCAAUCAAGACUGAGGGAAUUCUAACCAGGAGAAAUUUCAGCUGGUUACGUUCUGCAUUCUCCUCACUGUUAGAUGCCACUAUAUUCCCCUAAAUCUUACAUGUUUCCUUUAACAAACAGUGUAGCAAAGAUUGGGGGUGGGUUCAGUUUGGAGCAUCAGGAGGAUGUUGAUGUUUUAGGAGCAACAGCAGUUGUUCCUGCAGAUCAGUCAGAAACAACAAACAGUGAACAUAAACACAUAAAUCACAACAAAGCUUCAAACGCACAAACUGAAGGAAUCUGUUAGACAGGUUCCAUUUGACUCUUAUGUUACUUUCAGCACUGACUUUUUAUUUAUUGCUUGUUUUUAGUCUUUCAACAUUUGCUUUAAACUGGUGUGUGUUGAUGCAGCUGAUGGUGAGCUUCGAGGCUCGGCUCCUGAAAUCAAAACUUUGGAGCUCAAGUCAUUUCUCAUGUGAGACAGCACAGUUGUUGGCUGUUUUAUUUCAGGUGAACAAUGUACUGAAUGUAUACAAAAUGAACAUUUUCAACUUUGUAGGUUCAUUCAGUCUUUAAUGUACACAUUACAUAUCUUAAUGUUUACGUCAUGCUUUAAACAUGUGGAGGUAUGCCAGCAGUGAGGGUCUCACUCCAGCUCUGACAGCAGUUUGAAAAAUGAUGCGACGCUGUGUUCUGUCUCUCUGCAUUGUUGUAUCUGUGUCAGAGUUUCUGUCUUAUUUUAAGUGAAUAUAUAAACUGAAUGAAUGUUUUGAUAAGGUACUGUAUAUACAAAGCUACUGAGGUGACAUACAGAAAGAAAUCACAGUUUCUGGUGUUCACUGGAAAAAGUUUAACCCUUUGAAACUAGGGCCAGGUGGCUUGAUGGGGUCUUUCAAAAACAUGGGAAGAAAACAACCUAAAGAGAAAUGACCUAAAAACUUGCAAGAAAAGAAGGAAUAUUUCAAGAAAUAAUUUGAAUUUACAGGGAAAAAAAACAACACUAAUAAACAAAACAAUGAAGUUACCAUA